GUGGAGGGGCGGGACUUCCUGUCUUCCCUGUUGCGGAGCUCUGAAGCGGCUCCCUGAGGGCGCUGGUUUUGAACUGGUCUUGUGCGGUUUGCGCUUUCUCUUAGUGGUUGCAGUUGGCGCUGUCUCCGCUUUCCUGUUGCGUGGCGGGCGUCUUGGCCAAAACACUCUCCCUGCCACCUUAUUCCUCUAGGGUUGUGAUUUUUUUCUUUCACCAAGAAAUAUCACUCGCUGGUAAUUUGUCAAACUGAAGAAACCCCUGAAGAAGUAGUGGUGGGCAGGCGCCGACGCUGCGGCUUCCAGAGCAUUUUGGCAAAUCAAAGCCAGGGACCGUUGCUGGGCGACAUUUCCGCAACUUUUCGGCUCCGAACUGCUUCUUUGACUUAGAAGGAUAUCUUAUCCUGCCGUAGUAAUGGCAGCCGAACUGCGAAUGGUACUUUAUGAAGAUGAUUCAGUACAAGUACAAUAUGUUGAUGGUUCCACAUUGCAACUUUCUCCCUGUGGCUCUGAAUUUUUAUUUGAAAAGUCACCACCUGUUUCAGCACAUCCUUUAGAACAACCAGAAAGAAUUCGUCAAAGGACACAUUUUGUCAUUAGCACUUACAGAGAGCAACUACAGCGAGCCCUAGAUUUUCGAAACUCUUCAGCUACUUGCCCUUUUUUAUCUGAAACCAUCAUACCUUCUGAAAGAAAAAAGCAUAUCUUCAUUGACAUAACAGAAGUGAGAUGGCCCAGUCUUGAUACAGAUGGUACCAUGAUAUAUAUGGAGAGUGGCAUUGUGAAGAUAACAUCUUUAGAUGGUCAUGCAUACCUCUGCCUGCCCAGAUCUCAGCAUGAAUUUACAGUACAUUUUUUGUGUAAAGUUAGCCAGAAGUCAGACUCAUCUGCAGUGUCGUCAGAAACAAAUAAUAAAGCCUCAAAAGAUAAACUAGUUGAAAAAACUGGCAAAAUCUGUAUACGUGGAAAUUUACCAGGACAGAGACUGAAGAAUAAAGAAAAUGAGUUUCAUUGCCAGAUCAUGAAAUCCAAAGAAACUUUAAAGAAGAUGAGUUGUGUAAAUGGAACUGAAGGGAGGGAAGAGCUGCCUUCGCCUGGUACAAAGCACACAUGUGUAUACACAUGGGUCAAGCAGUGCUGGUCUGUGGCCGCCUGUCCAGAGGAAUGGAAAUAUCCUUUGUCUUUAGCACUUCAUUUUCAUAAUAAAAUCAGCAAUAUGUCUAAAAUUGAUGCACAUAUAACUCAGAGUAGAUUUUUAACUUCUGAUAUUUCAGAGGAAAGAGGAAAAGUGGUUUCUGUUCUUCCCAGGGCCCUGUCACUCAGCUGUCCAGUCCCACACCUACACAGGUGGAAUUUUUGUGAUUCACUUUUACAGAGACAAUCUGAUGAAUAUUCCUAUCCUGAACUAGUGAAAAUGGUUUGGUACAAAGGUGUUACAUAUAGACUUACCCAUCAAAAUAUGAACUCAAUAGAGAUUUAUUCUGGGGAUGGAUCUGUUUUCAAAUCAGAAGGGGCUUAUUUUGGGAACUAUUUUACUUAUUAUUCCAUUCAAGAAGGAUCAGAAAAGAGAGAAGAGAAAACUUACUCAGUAAAUAACCUUCCUCCAGAUAGACCGGGAAGUCCAUUCUCUGUCGGUUCUCUAAUUAAACAGGCAACAAGAAUUCUUCAACAUUGUGUGAAGAUGAGACUUUCUUUAAGCCAUAACUAUCAUAUAUGCUGCUGGAAAAUGGUACCUGGGAUAAAUGAUAGCAAUAUACUGCCUUUGGUUUUGAAAGAGUCACUCAUACCCAGUGUGGGAAGAUUUCUUGCCUACUCUGAUGACAAAGUACAUGCUAUCUUUUUAGAUGGCAUUACUCUAACCCUAAAUUGGAAUUUCAGCUCUCCUAUUGAGAAGAGACAGGUAAAUCAAGGUCUUAACUUAGGUUGGUGUAAGUUAACUUUUCCUGAUGGACAAGAGCAGUUAAUUCAAAUUGAACACCCUGAACCAUAUGAAAGGUAUGUGACAACAGUAACAUCAUGGUGCAGGAGACUGACCCAGACUAGUCCCAGAGAGAUGCCCACUCAUUCAUCAUCUUCUGUUCUCCAAGAAAAUUGGUCUGUUGCUUCUGAACUUGAAAAGAUACAGAAGUUUAACUUGCUACUAGAGAAUAGUGGUAUCCUAAACCAGAUUUCUAACAAGAAAAAUGAACAGUCUUUUGAUCAUUAUAAACCAGGAUCUUCAGAAACCUUGCUAGGAGAAGUUAAUGAAAAUAGAGUAUCAAUAGCAUUGAAAAAAACCUCUGAAAUCCUUCACGAUAUUGACUGUCUUCUAUCAAACUCUAAAAAGUGAAAAAUGGAAUUAUUACAACAUAUUAUUAAAGUUUAAGGAUGUUGUUUCAAGUGACUGGUAUAAAAUUACUAGUAAGCCAAGAUAUUGUACGUAUUACCCCUGCACAAUGAUUGUGAAAGAACUGACAUUUAACUUUGAAGGUAUUUUUAACUUGUACAUUUUUAAAAUAUGUAUUUAUAUCUUAAUAAUAAAUAACUAUUUCGAAGUUU